AGUGCUCUUUCAGAACCAAUUUGCUGAGCCUGUCACCUGUGUUCCAGGAGCCAAACCAGCAAUGUCUUCGCCUGAACAACCUGCAGUCCCUGCCCCGCUGGCCAACUUGAUGAUUCAACAUACCAAGAUCUUUAUAAACAAUGAAUGGCAUGAUUCGGUGAGUGGCAAGAAAUUUCCUGUCCUUAACCCUGCAACUGAGGAGGUCAUCUGCCACGUGGAAGAAGGGGACAAGGCUGAUGUUGACAAAGCUGUGAAGGCUGCAAGACAGGCUUUCCAGAUUGGCUCCCCAUGGCGCACCAUGGAUGCUUCAGAGAGGGGCCGCCUGCUGAACAAGCUGGCUGACUUAAUGGAGAGAGAUCGUCUGCUGCUGGCUACAAUGGAAUCGAUGAAUGCUGGGAAAGUCUUUGCUCAUGCAUACCUUUUGGAUGUAGAGGUCAGCAUAAAAGCAUUACAGUACUUCGCAGGCUGGGCUGACAAGAUCCAUGGCCAAACAAUACCCAGUGAUGGAAACAUAUUCACUUAUACAAGGCGUGAACCUAUUGGGGUGUGUGGCCAAAUCAUCCCUUGGAAUGGUCCGUUGAUUAUAUUCACUUGGAAGUUAGGCCCUGCCCUUAGCUGUGGGAACACCGUGGUUGUCAAGCCAGCAGAGCAAACUCCUCUCACGGCUCUUCACAUGGCGUCUUUAAUAAAAGAGGCAGGGUUUCCUCCUGGCGUGGUGAACAUUGUCCCUGGUUAUGGGCCAACUGCAGGGGGAGCCAUCUCCUCCCACAUGGACAUCGACAAAGUGUCCUUCACAGGAUCAACAGAGGUUGGCAAAUUAAUCAAGGAAGCUGCAGGGAAAAGCAAUCUGAAGAGAGUCACCCUGGAGCUGGGGGGAAAGAGCCCUUGCAUUGUGUUUGCAGAUGCUGACUUGGACAGUGCUGUUGAGUUUGCACACCAAGGAGUUUUCUUCCACCAGGGUCAGAUUUGUGUUGCAGCAUCCAGGCUUUUUGUUGAGGAAUCAAUUUACGAUGAGUUUGUGAGGAAGAGUGUGGAGCGAGCAAAGAAAUACGUUCUAGGAAAUCCUCUGAACUCAGGAAUAAAUCAAGGUCCUCAGAUUGACAAGGAGCAACAUGAUAAAAUACUUGGUCUCAUUGAGAGUGGGAAGAAAGAAGGAGCCAAGCUGGAGUGUGGUGGAGGUCGCUGGGGGAACAAAGGCUUCUUUGUCCAACCCACAGUCUUCUCCAAUGUAACUGAUGAGAUGCGCAUUGCCAAAGAGGAGAUAUUUGGACCAGUGCAACAAAUCAUGAAAUUUAAGUCUGUAGAUGAUGUGAUCAAGAGAGCAAACAAUACUAUGUAUGGUCUAGCAGCAGGAGUCUUCACUAAAGACCUGGAUAGGGCCAUCACUGUGUCAUCUGCUCUGCAGGCUGGGGUGGUGUGGGUGAACUGCUAUUUGGCUGCCCCUGUCCAAUGCCCAUUUGGUGGAUUCAAGAUGUCUGGAAAUGGGCGAGAAAUGGGUGAACAUGGUCUUUAUGAAUACACUGAGCUCAAGACAGUUGCAAUGCAAGUAUCUCAGAAGAACUCAUAAAGAAGCCAGCAGAGUGAAGAAAAACUCUCAGCAGUGGCUCCACAUCUCAUACAGUCACCAGAAAGUGGUGUUUUGCCAUAAUUUCUUCUUCUGUUGAGUUCUUUAAACGUAAGGAAUUCAUCAGUAUUACUGUUACUCCUAGAAAAAGAUGUAGCUUAAUCUGACAGAAUCCGUGUCUUCUAAUCCAUGAACCCAAUUCAUAUCGCAGAACAAAAGGAUACAUUAAGGUGCAAGCUCUCUGAAACUCUGUCAUGAUAAGGUGUUUUCCAUUGUAGCUACUUGUCUAGGGUACACACUUGGCAAGGAGGACCAGUCCUGACGUAAGCUCUGUCCCACACUGAUUCCUUGAACUUCUUACCAUGCAUGAUAACUGAAAAGUUAGCUGCUCUAUUCCUUGGGGGUUAUUCCUCUGAGUGUUGUGAAAUAUUUUCCAGAAUGCCAUGACUGCUUGUCAAAUGAAAUGCCUCCCUGUAAUUCGAAUGCAAAGCUUAAUAAAGGCAAUCUCACAUGA